UAUAUUAAUCCUCAGUCAAAAAGAGGACGGUGCCUAAAAAUAUGAACAAUCGAGAACAUAAUCAUCAUUUACUGCGUGAUUUACGUACGGGUAAUUAAAAGGUACGAUUGGGAUUGAUCAUUUCCCCCCUUCACAAAUCACAAUGCAAACAAUCAAAGUAUCCAACACAAAAGGCCCCGUAACGGUCCCCUUUAGGCGCCAUUCUCGUGCUGUAAAUCGUAAUCAACUGCUGAUUAAACGCCUCGCCGACCGCCACCGACACCGGAUCGGAGAUUUUCCUUCUCGCUCUGCCCCUAUUCUCUCCGGUAUUCUAUGUAGAUUUCUGCUUUUUCGGCUAUUGGGUUUAUUUUAUGUGUGUGAAAUUAUGCAUGCCACGUGUUCGACGAAAUGGCCCAGAGGGGACUGCUAUGCUUGUCGACUAGUUUGAGCUUCUCACGUGUGAGACUAUUAGUGUGGUUUGAAGUUUGAUCUUCUUGGUGGAUUUUUUUUGCUCAUGGUAGAAUUUAUAGGCGUUAAAACUGCUCUGUCUGAGCUUGCUAGAGUGUAAAAUUCCAGGUACGGAGCUGAGGUCCAGCAUUGUCGUCUGAAACCGAGCUGAGUAUUGGGCUGGUGUGCUCCCCUGCUCUCUUCAGCCAUGUUCUUAUGGUGAUAUAGUGUAAACUGUGUAAUGCGCCUUACUGAGAGGUCUGGGUUAUGCCCAAAAUUCAGAGUCCGGAGAUGAUGAACUUGGGGAGUGGAAGCUGUGGUAGAAAGGCUUUUGAGACCUUGGGUGACCAUCAUCACCACCAUAAGCCUCACCAUUUUCAUCACUUACCUUAUGAAGUUCUUUUGCUUGUGCUCAUAUUCUGUGCUGUUAGCCUUUCCACUCUUGUACUUUAUCACUGGUCAUACUAUAUACAUUUGUCUCCAAAUUCUCUUGCUCAUGUAUAUUCGCCAAAUAAGGCUGAGCCAGACGCCUUUUCUGCUACACCUCAUGGCAAUCUAUACUCAAUGGCAGGGGAAGGCAAUGACUUGGAGAAAUUAUUGAAAAAGACAGCUUUUGUUGAUAGAACUGUUAUCAUUACAACUUUAAAUGCAGCAUGGACAUCUCCAAACUCUGUUUUUGAUCUCUUUCUAGAGAGCUUUGGAAUUGGGAAUCAAACACGCCAUCUUUUGAAUCACCUACUUGUGGUGGCUCUAGACCAAAAAGCCUAUUCUCGUUGUUUGGAAUUACACCCAUACUGCUAUGCUCUUCAUACAAAUGGCAUGAAUUUUACUGAUGAAGCUUAUUUUAUGAGUUCACGGUAUUUGGAGAUGAUGUGGGCAAGGAUUGAUUUUCUUAGAACUGUUUUGGAGAAGGGAUACAACUUUGUUUUUACGGACGCUGACAUAAUGUGGCUUCGGAAUCCAUUUUUGCAUUUCCAUGAAGACGCCGAGUUCCAAAUUGCGUGUGACCAUUUCUACUCCAACUCAUCAGACCUGAACAACCUGCCCAAUGGAGGUUUUAAUUACGUAAAGUCAAGCAGGCGCACGAUCCAGUUCUAUAAAUUCUGGUACAACGCAAAAGAUUUUUUCCCAGGCAGCCACGACCAAGACGUACUUAACCGAAUAAAGUUUCACCCCUACAUCAGCACCGCACUUGGGCUGCAAAUAAAGUUCUUGGACACGAAGUUCUAUAGUGGAUUUUGCGAGCUUAGCGACGACGUUGAUGCCGUUAUCACAGUCCACGCGAAUUGCUGUGUUGGUUUGGAAAACAAGAUUCAUGACCUUAGGCUUGUGCUUGAUGUGUGGAAGGAGUACUUGUCUAUGUCUGAUGAAGAGAGGUCAUUAGAGAAUCUGUCUUGGGGUCUUCCUCAACUUUGUGGAAACGUUGGAGGAGAUACUGCACCAGACAAUUCCACAACGUUGUAAGCAAUGUUGCUCUCUAUUUAGCUAUAUAUAUUAAGAUAGAUAUAUGUAAUGAUAGUAUGAAUUAGUAUGUGUUGUAUUGCUUGUGUUGUCAUAUACGGUGCUGGCCCCUCCUGAACUAGUAUAUCAAAGAAGCUUAAUAUGAGUUAAUUCCACUAGAGGUCACUUAUCUUUGGUGCACAUUUCAAACUUAGUCUCAUACUAUCAUUUGCGCCUUUUAGCAUCGCAGACUAUUAGUUUUUGGACACUUUUAGUCAGCUUAAUAUUUA